UCAGUCUCCAACUUGAUCAUGAAGUCACGUGGGGAUAAUUCGGUUAUUGGUUGAAAAGUGAUCAUACGGAGCCCUUUCAGUCUCAGUACAGUUGCCGUACGCUAUCGUGAAGACUGCUACGUUGUCGGUAUACCCCUACGAUUUCAAGUACCCCUGCAGUCAGGAUAUCGGGAUGUGGCCAAGAGCUGUCCAUGGCCCUCAGUGUUGGACCAGCAUUUGCGUUAUAAAGUACAUGUUGGUGGUUCAGGGCUCAAUCUUUUUCAUGGGAUUGUUGAUGAUAUUAGGGAGAACGCCUAUGAGCGUCAGCCGCAUAUCAAUUCAGACUUGUGACCAGACAGAAGGGACGAUUCCUUCAAAAUGGUCGACUUUCUCACUGCUGGCAAGCGCUACGUACAAAAUCGUAAAACCACGGAAUUACACGAACUUAGAAAGUAAACGAUUCGCUUACAUGGUGCUAGGACCGCGACGAAUUGAUAUAGAAGGGCUUCAGGAGACAAUCGAUCGCGACGUCUUUUGGGUUACUUUUAAAGACAAAUCUGGUGACAUUUUCUCACCAAGAGCAACGCACAAUGGAGCACGGAAUGCUCUUUUACAUUACGUCGUGAAUAUGGCCUCGCACACUUUGAACGGUGGAUACCUUUACUAUAUCUUCAUGGAUGAUGACAUUGUGUUGUCUUUGCGUAACGAUGGAAACGUUAACUGGAAACCAUGGAAACAAAUGAAAAAUAACACUUUCGAAAGAUUUGAGGAUUUCCUCUUAGAUUUUAGACCGGCUGUAGGAUACGUCCGGUUCCAAGAUAAUUGGAGGCAACCAACAGAUGCCAGCAGGUCUACAGACCUUCAUCACGAUUUUGACGAGUGUUUUAACGCUUUCCACAAAGACACGUUAUCUUUUCUCCUUCCUUACGACACCCACUUUGACUACGACUCCUGGUACACGGGCGGCUGGAUUGCCCGUCAUCAUAUGGGGAUGUUGUACCAUUCUUACAGGAUGCAAUGUAACUCUCUUUACAUCGAUAAUACCAUUCACGGGGGUCGCAGCGAUCGAUACAAGGCCGGUUACGACUAUGCAAAAGCACGGGAUUACAUAAAAAGUGCAAUUAAGCCUACAUCAACCAUGCUUCAGAAAUCGGUAUUGCAGGCAGAUAGCGAAGGGAAAGGCCUGCAGCCAAUAGGGCGCAUGCCCGGUGAGCCUAAAGUUAAAGGGGAUCACUCCUAUUUGAUUACCGACGAGUUCAUCAGUUCUAAUUUUAUAAAAUAUCAUCCUAUGAUUCAAAAAAUAAUGUCAUGGAGAAAGACACCGGAAGUUGAAAGGAUUCUUCACUUGCGCACAAGAAAUGAGUCCAGGUUUAUACCUGAUUCUUUAUAUACCGAUUCACCAACUCGAUUUUGGGUACCUAAGUCCAAGCAGAAGAGCAGAAAAACAAAUAAACACCGACAUUCGCAUAUACGCCGUCGUGAGUGGCAUUAAAAAAACUUGGAAAGGUAACUUUUACAAGGGUGGGUUGAGGCGAAACUUGAUUCUGCGUCACACACACCCAUCGCUGCGAAAUAUAGUUUAAAAACUGUUGCAUUUUGAGAGAUUCUACAGUUACUUUUUCUAACAGUUUUUCAGUUCCUUA